GCUGGCUGGAAUUGGUUGGAAACAACCAUCACGUAAGGAGGGCGUACACGUUAGAACCUAACAAGCUCGUGAAGGCAGGGUGGAAACAAACCUUUUUCCAUCAGUGUUUAACGGUGAAACAUUCUUGGAGGACUGCAGCGAUGGCGGAGGCCCACCAGGCAGUAGCGUUCCAGUUCACCAUAACACCAGAGGGUAUUGAUCUGCAGCUGUCCUAUCAGGCCCUGAACCAGAUCUACCUGUCCGGAGUUCGAUCCUGGAAGAAACGAGUCAGCCGCAUGAGGAACAGGGUGAUUAAGGGAGUGUACCCCGCCAGUCCCUCCUCCUGGCUUUUCGUUGCUAUAGGAAUCUUGGCCACCAUGUACAUGCAGUCUGAUCCCAGCAUGGGGCUCAUUGCCAAGAUUCAGCAGCACCUUCCACUGAGUCUCCAUGUGUCCCUCAGUGCUCAGGGUCAGACCAUGGUGUCGGCGCUGGUCUUCAGCACCCUGCUGUGGCUCUCCCUCAUCCUGGCCCUCCGGUUCUGCUUGAAGCUGCUGCUCUCCUACCACCAGUGGAUGUUCGAGCAGCACGGGAGGGUUUCCAACACCACUAAAGUCUGGGGGAGUCUGCUGAGUUUAUUUUCAAGGAGGAAGCCUUUGCUGUACAGCUAUCAGACCUCUCUACCUCACCUUCCUGUUCCAGCCAUCAGUGACACACUGAGCAGGUACCUGGAGUCGGUGCGCCCUCUGCUAGCUGAUCCUGAAUUUAAACGCAUGACCGACCUGGCCAGCGAGUUCCAGUUGAGCCUGGGGAACCGCCUCCAACGCUACCUGAAACUUAAAGCUCUGUGGGCCACAAACUAUGUUAGUGACUGGUGGGAGGAAUACAUCUACCUGAGAAGCCGAGGCCCGAUAAUGGUCAACAGUAACUACUACGGCAUGGACUUUUUGUACGUGACACCGACCUCUUUGCAGGCAGCCAGGGCUGGAAACACCAUCACCGCCCUGCUGCUGUAUCGUCGCAAAGUGAACAGAGAAGAGCUUACACCGAGUCGUGUUCCAGGUACCUUCAUUCCUCUGUGUGCAGCUCAGUAUGAAAGAAUGUUUAACACAACACGCACGCCAGGAGCCGAGACCGAUGUGCUCCAGCACUGGCAGGACAGCGAGUUUGUGGCGGUGUACAACAGGGGGCGUUUUUUCCGCCUGUGGGUGUAUCACGCCGGUCGGCUGCUUUCUCCCAGAGAGAUUGAAUACCAGAUCCAGAAGAUCCUGGAUGAUCCUUCACCCCCGCUUCCUGGAGAGGAAAGACUGGGAGCGCUCACCGCUGGAGACAGGAUUCCUUGGUCUCAGAUGAGAAAGCAGUACUUUAGUUCUGGUGUCAACAAGCGAUCUUUGGACGCCAUCGAGAGAGCAGCUUUCUUCGUUACGUUGGACGACGAGGAGCAAGGGAUGAGGGGGGAUGACCCAGCUGGAAACUUGGACCGCUAUGCAAAAUCUCUUCUCCAUGGGAAAUGCUAUGAUCGGUGGUUUGACAAAUCCUUCUCCAUCGUGAUCUACAAGAACGGGAAGAGUGGGCUGAAUGCCGAGCAUUCCUGGGCCGACGCACCGACUGUGGCUCACCUAUGGGAGUACACUCUGGCCACAGAUGCUUUCCAGCUGGGAUACACUGAGGAUGGACACUGUAAAGGCGAAGUGGAGCAUUCUCUGCCCCCCCCUCAGAGGCUUGUGUGGGACAUCCCAUCAGAGGUUCAGACUCAGAUCAGUCGCUCCCUGGUUGUGGCCCAGGCCCUUGCCAAUGACGUUAACUGCCAUGUGUUCCCCUUCAGAGACUUUGGAAAAGGACGAAUCAAGAAGUGUCGGAUCAGCCCUGACGCAUUCAUUCAGAUCAGCCUACAGCUGGCUUACUUUAGGGAUCGUGGUGGUUUCUGCCUGACUUACGAGGCAUCAAUGACGCGUCUUUUCAGGGAGGGAAGAACAGAGACUGUAAGGUCCUGCUCCAGCGAGAGCUGCGCCUUCAUCAGAGCUCUAAUAGGUGGAGAGUCAGAGGACGAAUGCAGACGUCUCUUCCGACUGGCCUCCGAGAAGCACCAGAACCUUUACCGAAUGGCCAUGACUGGAGCUGGAAUCGACCGACACCUCUUCUGCCUAUAUGUCGUCUCCAAGUACCUGGGAGUGGACUCCCCUUUCCUCAAAGAGGUUUUGUCCGAGCCGUGGCACCUCUCCACCAGUCAGACCCCCGUUCAGCAGAUGGAGUUGUUCGACCUGAAGAACCACCCAGAUUUCAUAUCGCUCGGUGGAGGAUUUGGACCUGUGGCUGAUGAUGGUUACGGGGUUUCAUACAUAAUCGUGGGCGAGGAUAUGAUCAACUUCCACGUGUCAUCUAAGUACUCCUGCAGUGAAACCGACUCUCACAAAUUUGGAGCUCAAAUCAAAAAGGCCCUCCAAGAUAUCAUGACUCUCCUCUCAACUGAUGCCAAACCUGCCACUUCCAAGUCCGGGAAGUCCUUGUGAAUCCAGUUGACAGAUACUAAAUAAUCCAGACACACUAACAGAUGGAAAGCACAAAAUAAUGCAAUCUCAAACUGGUGUUUUUUUAAUUGGUGUUGCUCAGAGGUUGCCUCUUUAUUUAGAAGCAGAUGGAGACCUGCCAGGAAAAAACUCUGAAAAAGUCAACCUCUUAAACAGUGAGGAGCCGUCAAAAAAAAAAAAAAACUGGAGCAGGUUGUAAAAAGGGAAA